CACACCACACCACACCACACCACACCACAUUGAGAAAAAUGGCAGUCAUUGCAUCUACCGAUUACGAUCGCAUGAAGGAAGUGAAAGAAUUCGACGAUUCCAAAAUCGGCGUCAAAGGCCUCUCCGAUUCCGGUGUCACUGCCAUCCCCAAAUUCUUCAUUCAGCCGCCGGAAACUCUCUCCACUCUCAAAUCUUCAUCUUUCAACACCGGCGGCAUCCCCGUAAUCGAUCUCUCUAACAUAAAUUCCCCCAAACUCCGACCAAACAUCGUCAGCCAAAUUCGAGAAGCCGCGAAAACUUGGGGUUUCUUCCAAGUGAUCAACCACGGCGUACCCAAUUAUAUUAUCAACAAAACACUCAUGUCAAUCCGAUCAUUCCACGAACAACCCCAGGAGAUAAAGGCAGAGCACUACGUUCGGGAUGAGUUCAACGGAUUCGUGUAUGCCAGCAACAACGAUCUUCUCCGGUCGAAGGUGGCGAGCUGGCACGACUACGUGAAUGCUUGGAUGUGGCCGGAUGCUGUGGAGGCAGAGAAGAUUCCGGCAGUUUGCCGGGAGGAGGUGGUGGAGUGGGACCGGUAUGUGACGGAUGUGGGGGAGAAGGUGGCAGAGCUGUUGUCGGAAGGGCUCGGAUUGGCGGCCGGAAAACUGAAAGAGGAGGGGCUUCUAGGUUCGAGGUUGAUUGCGGGAGUGUACUAUCCUUAUUGUCCCCAACCCAACUUGACAUUUGGGCUUAACCCUCAUACGGAUCCUGGAGUGCUUACUGUUCUGGUGGAGAACCAGGUGAUGGGUUUGCAGGUUAAGCAUGAAGGAGAGUGGGUGGAUGUGAAGCCUUUGCCUGGUUCCUUGAUUGUUAACAUUGGAGAUGCUCUUCAGGUGACACUCGUACACAUACCCACAUAUUAUAUUUAUAUCAUGUGUAUGUAUAUAAAUUAUAAGAAGAUGUCUACACAAAGGAAUAGGGGACAAGUUGGGAAUAGGAGUGCCAGUAAGGGAACAACGGUUCCUUUAGCGACUGUCGUUGCAGCAUCAAUUGUUGCCGAGGAAGUUGUAUGCGAGAUUGUGAAUGCAGUGCAGGAUGAUCUAGCUUGCAAUGAGGGUGACAAUGGGCAUACCCUCAAGCUUAUUAAGGAAUUUCUUUGUUCCAAUCCACCACAGUUUGUGGGGGAGGCUAAACUGUUGGAAGCAGAGGAUUGGUUGGAGCAGAUUACCAAGACUCUUGAUAGGCUCAGAGUCGAGGAUGAGGAGUUGAGGAUUUCGUUG